AUGGAGGCGCACAACGACACGGAAUUUCUCUGCCGGUACCGAUUUUCCAAGCAAGCGGUGAUACGCCUCAUGGAAAUGCUGCCGCUGCAUCCAAAAGACAGCGAACGCGGCCACCCCAUUCCGCCCCUCCUCCAGCUCCUCAUCGCGCUGCGAUUCUACGGCGCUGGAACCUUUCAAGUAGUUACCGGGGACCUUGUGAAUGUGUCGCAAGCAAGCGUAUCACGCAUCAACGAGCGCUUGUCAAGAAUGAUAGCCGACACAUUGUUCCCUCAGCUUGUGAAAUUGCCCAACGCCACUGAAGCGGCCGUGGUAAUGGAGGAGAUUUAUGCCAUUGCCGGUUUCCCUGGUGUAAGUGGGUGCAUAGACUGCACUCAUGUGCCCAUGAAAAAUCCUGGUGGCGAAGACGCAGAGGUCUUUCGGGAUCGAAAGGGGUACUUCUCAAUCAAUGUCCAGUACAUCCAACUGCAGUUUUAG